AUGGAGAAAGCAAAGCAGGCCGUUUCUAGCUUCCUUUCCAACGACGGAAAGCAUAGAACUACUGUCGACGAAGAUGUUAAGCCUCACGUCACCCAGGAGCACGUUAUGCCUCAUCAGCAUGAACAAGUGACCACUGCCCUUGACAAGGAGGUUCAUCAAGAGCAUCAUCAUACGACUGUUCAGCCUAUCACUCACAAGGAGACUCUUCCCGAGCAGCAUCAUCACAACCUUGUCCCUGUAGAGCACAAGACUUUCCACCACGGCAAUGAGCAAGACACUCGGGCUACACUCGACCGAGAAGCUGCUAAAUACAGAGACACCACCGAGACUCACAGUACCACUCACUCCACUGAGACUGCUCCCGUUCUCACUGGCGAACGAAUUCAUCACCAUGUCCACGAGCAUGUACAGCCCGUAAUUAAUAAAGAGACUGUCCAGCCGCACGUCGUUCAUACCACGAUACCCAUUCACGAAACCCAUCACGCAGCACCCGUUCAUCAUGGAACUUCUACUCUACCAACUAAAACUCUGGAAGAGUUUACUCAGGAGCGUGGUGGUCUGAAGGAGCGAGCAGCUCAGAAGCUCACCGAGUUUGAGGGGUGUCCCAAGCCAUACCGACGAGAGCUCCAGGGCGAACAACUGGAAGGUGAUAAAUCCAUGCACCUCCACGGCCAUGGAGACAACUACGGUGAAAACCAGGCUUUUGCUGGCCGAGAGGGCCAGAGUAUGGGACGUAACACUGAAGGGCUGGCCGCUGGUGCAGCAGCUGGCGCCGGGGCAGCUGCAGCUUCUCGCAAGCACCGACACGGUAUUGGCCACAAGGAACGCCGUGGAUCUGCCUCUAGCAGCAGCUCAAUGAGCUCUAGUGACGAGGAGUCCCGUGGUUUGGGCAAGUCGUCCAAGACCAAGCACCGUGGUCUUGGUAGCUCAACUGGAACCGGUGUCGGAGCUGGUGCUGCAGCCGCCGCUGCUGGCGCUGCUCAUUCUCAUCACCAAAACCGCGAAGGUGCUGCAGCUGCUCCCUCUACACUUGAGGGUAACCGGGUCAUUGGCAGUAACACUAACACUGCCGGUCUUAACAAGCCUCACACCGGCGAGUAUGAUCAGGUCAAGACCGGAGGUCUUCACAACGAUCCUUUGAACAAUCAACACUCCCGUGGCGACUCUGGCGUUGGUAUGCAGACUGGCAAGAAGCCUUCUCUGAUCGAUCGUCUCAACCCAAUGAAGGAUGCUGACGGUGAUGGAAAGAAGGGACUCUUGGACUAA